UUAAAGAAAUAUUGAGAUGAGACCUGGUGGUGGUGUAUGUAAGUCGUACCUUCACGGCUUCACCACACACACACACACACACUUCCUUCCGGCCACCGGAAAAAUGUUAGCAUAUACCUCGGCCUUGAGUCCGCCAAUUCUUCACACAUCGAUUUGGAAUUCAAGGAUAUCAAGCGUCGUGGCGGUUACUAGUUUGAAGAAAUUAUCAGCAAUUCGUCGAAUCCGAUGCAUAUCGGAGCCUUCGAGGUUAAGAACUUGCAAGAAUUGCAAGACUCAGUUCGAUCCUCUACACAAUGAUCCUAGGACUUGUCGGUAUCACACUGCUCAUUUCGGAGGAGAAACGAAGAGGAAAUUCGAGAGUGUGUAUACGGGUGGAACGAUGGACACUUCCGACUCGGGCAAAGUGUUUCAGUAUUGGCAUUGUUGUGGAGCCGAGGACCCCUUUGACCCUGGCUGCACAGCCGGCCCUCAUGCUUCCUACGAUGAUUUAUGAUUUUUUUACUGCAAAUAUAUGAUUUUGCUGUUGUAGUUCUUUCAAUUGAAUGAACUUUGUUUAAAAGAUUACUUAUCCUAGUGUGGAUUCGAGAUGUGACAACAUUUGAAAACUGGCAACUUUAUAGACAAUUCCUCAUCUAAAUAUUGUUUCUUAACAACUCUCGCAAAGCUAGACAACAGCUGAACAAAAUACAUAUGGAGGCUUGACAGAC